AUGGAACAACUUCAUGAGGACUUAACUCAGAUGAGGACAAAAAUGGGGAUUAACCUGAAUCAUUGUAUGGAGGCUAUUCAAGCCCUUGCUUUUAGACACGAAGAAUUGAGACAGGUUCUUCAGAGGCCGGAUGUAAAUGUUAAUCUCAACACAAGAGAAGGUCUUGUGAAUCAGAAUGUCAGAAAUACUGUUGAGAUUCCAAUCCCUGUUAAGGAGAGUUCGCAUCAUGAGAAUAAUUCAGAAUUUGAAGCCUUCAGGUUCCCGAUUAAUGAAUUUGACAAAAGGUUCCACCUCCUGGAUGAAAGGUUGAAAGCCAUGGAGGGUCGUGACUCUAUUGAUUUAGACGCUGCUGGUUUGUGCCUAGUGCCUGGUAUCAAGAUCCCUGCUAAGUUCAAAGUCCCCAACUUCGAGAAGUACAGGGGUACCACGUGUCUGAUAGCUCAUGUCAAGGAUAGCCUCAGUGGCACAUCUCUUGAGUGGUAUAAUCAACUCGAAAGAACCAAUGUCCGAGCUUGGAAAGAACUAUCAGAAGCCUUUGUCAAGCGUUACAAGCACAACAGUAACAUGGCUCCAACCAGAAUGCAACUCCAUGCUUUGACUCAGAAAACUGACGAAUCAUUCAGAGAAUAUGCCCGAAGAUGGAGAGAAUUAGCGGCUAAAGUUCAACCUCCGCUCUUAGAGAAAGAGCUCAUGGAUAUGUUCAAGGAUGUGAUGGAAAGUCCGUACUACCAAUGCUUGGCUGCAUGUAAAGCCUCUGAUUUUGCAGAAUUGGUUCUCGUCGGAGAACGAAUGGAGCAUGGUAUUAAGAAUGGUAAUGUCCAAGUUGUUGAUACUCCUUCUGAAUUCCAUAAGCACAUGAAUGAAAAGACCAGUGUAGUUUCUGAUUACGAAGAGGAAUCUCCUGAUUAUCCUCCUGAUCAUAUCUCUUGUCAUGAAGCAGUAGCAGUAACUCCUGUUCAGGAUGACCCACAAAUUUGUGUUGCGACUCACACUCAGCCUCCCACUCAGUUUGUUCAACGGAAGUCUGUUCCAUGUGAUCAAUCAGUUCAGUAUGUGCCACAAAAGCAGAAUUAUCAACAGAAUCGUCACCCACAUGGAAGACAGAGACACAGAAGGCCAAAGAGAGUGUAUGAUCCUAUUCCUAUGACUCGUGAUAAGUUGUUUUCUCACUUGAUCAAUCUUUCCUUGGUAGAACCAAAGCAGCCGAAGCCUGUUCGUUUCCCGUAUCAUGUGGGAUUUGACCCUAAUGUUAGUUGUGACUACCAUGCUGGGGCACCUGGUCAUUCGAUUGAAGACUGUCAGCCAUUCAAAGACAAGGUUCAAGACUUGAUUGAUUCCAAGGCUAUCACUUUCACACCUGAGGGCCAAAAUUGA